GCUCACUCCACACCACUCCUCACACCAUAACUCCCUAUCCUUUUCUCAAAUGGCUACGGAAGCAGAUACUCCCAUAGAGGGCGAUGCGCGUGAAAUCCUGCCAGUCGAUGCGCAAGACGCGGCGCACAAGGCUCCUGUGAAGCGCUCAUGGAGGCGCAAAUAUCGAAAAAUGCGCCUCAAAUUCGAGGAAACCAUGAAUACAAGCAAUAACCUCAUCAGAGACGAGUGCAAGGCGAUCGCAGUAGCGCGGCGACUGCAGGAGCAGAAUGACCAAAUUCUUGAAGCACUUCUCGACCUGAACGAGAUGACGCGCCUGCCUGCAAACCUUCGAUUCGAUCUUCGCGACCUCUCUGAGACCGGCUCCCAUCUAACCUUACCCGAAUCCGAAGCACGAGCGGAUGCCCUACAGCGCAGGUUACAGGAGCUCCGGAACGACAUGGUAAAUGGCCUAAUCACGCCCGAAGACUUCGCACAAAAGUCAGACCAGCUCCACACCCAGUCAAUAAUACCUACCCGGUCGCUGGCGGACCUCGAAGCCAAGGUCCCACAUACCACCCAUCCGCCCGAUCCUCUACCAGAGGGUUUGCUGAUUGGCGAAAACGCACCCAGUUACAUGUCACCUGCACACGAGGAAGAGUACCUCCUUGCAAUGGAUCAAGCCAUCGCCGAUCCGUCAAUAUACGACCCGGAUGCGCACGACGGGCGUCCCCUUCGCCUGCCGCAAACGCGCCACCACAUACCUACUGAGAAGGAGCUUUCCAUCCAGAACCCAGAUAGCGUCUACAACUGGCUGAGAAAGCACCAACCGCAAGUCUUCCUCCAAGAUAAAGAUGUCGCGCAUGCGGAGACGGUGUCGGAGAAAUCUUCGGCGCGGCCGGCGACCACGUCAGGGAGGAAGCGACAUUCCCACGUCUCCGGAGCUACCCCAGGACUAAAGAAUGAGGAGAUAGACGAGGAGCUGGGCUUUAUCCCUGAGAUGGUGACUACGAGCGGUAGGGGAAAGAGAGGGCAUAAGGGAGAAGACGACGGCGCAUAUAGGCCUAAGGGUAGUGGUCGGGGUUCUAAGAGAAAACGGGAGGACGGCGAGACGAGCAAUAGAGGAGGGAGGAAGAAGAGACAGAGUGCCGCUUCUGCGGUCGUGUAAGGAUUGAGAUUGGAAGGUUGCAUUGGAAGCGUAGGGCCCGGUGUCUGGUGUUAUAUCGGUCCUCAUUGUUGCCUUCAGGAUACUGUCUAGGGGUCGCCAUGUGUACUUGUUAUUGUACCGGGACUUGGGCUGGCACAGGUGUGGAUAUGGAAGGUUGGGUCAUGAUACCCAUUCAAUCACUGCGAGAGCUAUGCAAUAGACAAAAGGAAUUGCGCAGUGGACCUUACAUGGUUCCAGAGGUACCAUAUGUCUCAAAUCAUAGAGGACUAGUACCACUCAAUGCGAAUGUGAUUUUG